UUUCUUCGUGAUAUCCAGGUCUUCCCAUGUUCGAAAUCGCACCCGCCACGACCCCUGCUAGAUCUCUCACGGAAAACACGUUCAUAAAGAAAAAGGUCCGCAAGCCCGCAGGUGCUGCGAAGCACAAGGCAUCCGAACCGCGGUGUGGGAGGCUCAUCAGCAAAGCCCUAGGGACCUCCAAAGAGCGCAGCGGCGUGUCUCUCGCUGAGCUCAAGGAGCUGCUGCUGGCGACUACGACGUGGAGAACAAAAGAAAAGAGGCAUCCGGCUGGGCCCUCAAAAAGCCUGGUGACCAACGGCACCCUAGUGCAGAUGAAGCGUGGAGGAGCCUCGGGAUCCUUCAAACUCAACAAGGCUGUGUCCGGGGAAGCCAAGCCUAAGGCCAAGAAGGCGGGCGCAGCCAAGGCCAAGACGGCUACCAGGACAGCCAAAAGGCCCAAUAAAGCGACCAAGAAGCGUCACCCCGAAGAAGCGUAGUAAGACGUCAAAAACGAAAACCUUCGCGGCGGCUACUAGGUCGGAAAAAA